CUUAUCGUAAGUACUUAGUUUACUUGUAAAUAUUUAUAAAUAAGAAGGUGCCUAUUUAAUUGAAGUACUCUAAAGUUGGUUAUUGUAUCCAAGCCUGACAAGCUCACUGACUUCCAUUUGUUUUCUUUUGAUUCAUUUUUGCGAUGGUUAGCCUGGCCAGCCAACUGGACUAAUUUUAUCUAGUUGCUAAGCUACCCCUGUCAAUCAAAGUCACCAAGUUGAAGUUUAUAAACUUAAGCUUAAGCACGUCCUUGCAUUUGAUCUACCUAGCUGUUUAUCUAUUAUGAUUAUGUUACGUCCAUGAAACAUGUUCAGUGUGCUAAAGUUUCUGGUUGGUUUUGGUAGACUAUUCAUUUGGGAAUCGAAUCUUCAUAUUGCGCGUUUAAAGAUGGCCUAUUUUCCGGUCAUCAAAAGGACAGUGAAGAAGAGAUGAUGGAGUUGAACAAAGGUUUAGAUAGAAUGAUUGAAGACGUAGAACAACUACCAGUGCAGCUGGCAUGGAUGGCCAAUGACACGAAGAUGCAGUGGACCAGUCCUGAUCUGGGGGACUCCCUACGGAGGCUUCAGGAAGAGUUCCUCCGCUGCAGGGCUGUCAUCUGUGGCUUCCCUGGGGAACAGGAGCCGAACCGGAGACAGGGACUGGGAAAGGACCAGGGGAUGGGGAAGUGGAUGGAGUGACCUAGACCAGGGGAUGGAUACCACCUCCUCCCCACUUCACCAGGAAUGUCUGCUGUUCUGAAAUGGACCAUAAUCCAAAGCUAGUAGCCCGUGCUCUGUAUGCUUGUCUACAACGUUGUAUGUACAGUAGGCUACAGUCUCAUAUCUGCAGCUGCAGUCUCUUUCUCUCUGACAGAAGAGGAAACCACUGGAGAUAGGUGAUAGAGAUAGAUGUCUCCUGUCCCAUACUGCAUGCUGUCUAAGCUGAGCAGCAGGCUGUUGUAUGGUGCUGUUGUAUACAGAUUGUGGUUGUGUGUUAAGUACCUGUUAUAGAAUGUGUAUGAUACGUCUCUGGACAGGGUGUUCAAGGCACUAUAGUGUUGUUGUGAUUGUUAUUAAUUUGUGGUUUGCCUGUUUGUCAAAUCUUUUAUU